AUCAAACAACCGACAGUAGUUGAGCAGACCUCUAGAAGUCUAUAAGUGUAUAACACAUUUAUCAACAAUUUCAAUUUGUUUAAAAUAAUAGUACUAUUAGUAUCAAAUAAAAUUUGAAUCCUUAAAAUGCAGGAUGGACGGAAAUGAAUUGAUAUAUAAGUGAAAUAUUUGUCUACAUCAAAGUGAUACAAGUUGACCCAGUAAAAUUAACACUUUUUGCUUAACAAGUGUUUUAGAUUUAUAACUCUAAUAUUCAAGGACAAUAUAUAACUUGAAAAUAGACAACAUUUUGCUCACAUUAUGUUCAGUAUUUUUAAAGCUAAAUUAUCUGACCAAUUUUAAUAAUAUUUUUUAAAACAUCUCUUAAUAUUUGUGAUAAUAAUUUUACCUAAAAAUUAUAUACAACAAAAUUUCGUAAACUAAAUUUUUAUCUGAGUUUUAAUAAUAACAGUUUUGUAAAUGUAUUUGAGAAAUUUAAUAUUACUUUGAUUGAUACAAUUUAAUAAUUUAUAAAAAUUUCAAAAUUCAAAAUAAAGUUUUACGUGAAUAAAAGUUUAUAUUAAUUUUUUUUUUUUAGCUUUUGAAAAGUUAACGUUUGUGAAUAAUAGGGUUAAUUUAAAAUCAGUUAAAAUGGGUCAAAAAUAUAAUAAGAAAAGACUUGUACCAGAACAGGAUAGACGAAUAUGUGGAAGCAUAUGUUUUUGUCAAUUUACAAUGGUUGUCAGUUGUGUUGCUCUCGUUUACCUGAGCGUCGCAAUAUAUAUACCAUCACACAGAGCAUUUAAUGCGGGAUUUGAACCGGAGCCUGUAAUGUGCCAAACAACUAAUUCAACUUUAGUUAACAAUUGCAAUUGGGCAAGUUGUGGUGAAUGGUGUUUAACUAAAACAUCAGGUUUUUGUCCACAAAUUUAUGCAACAACAAGACGUAAUGGUACUGAUCUUCUUUUAGAAAAUUGUACACAAAUAUCUACUAUAUCAUGUCCACAAGUCAACUUGUUGGCAGCAAAAAAAUACAAUUGCAACAAUGGAAGUGCUUGUGGUGCAUUGACUGGUGUAAUGAGUUGUAGUCUUGGUCAUUGUUAUGACAUUGGUCAAGUUAUGUUGUGUCAUUAUAAAGCUGAUGGUGUAAUAAUUGACAGUGAAAAAGAUAAUACAAAAUUAAAUGGUUUUUUUGAAUGUAACAAUUCACGUUGUACUAAAAUAAAACGUCCAUUUAAAUGUGAUCGUUAUUGUUCAAAUAUAAGUACAAGUAAUGUUAAUGUUUAUUUAAUGCAAGAUGAUAAUCUUUAUACAGCAAGAUGUAAUCGUGCAUUUGCACUUAAUCGUGCUAAUGGAAGUUAUCUUGGUACACGUCUUAAUGAACCAGAAAAAAUAUGGGAUGAAUCAAAAGACAUUAGUAUCAUGACAAGUUGUUUUGCUGUCAACAGAAUAGGAAAUACAAUAAGAACUGAGGAUUGCGUUAAUGGAUCAUUGAUAGAUGAAACAGGUGUGCCACAACCCUAUAUUAAUUAUACAACAUUUCUUAGUUUGUAUGAAAAAAGUUUAACAAGACCACUUGAUCCAACAAAUAUAUAUUUGCCAUCUCAACGUUCACUAACUAUCUACAAUUCAUCACGUUUGUAUAUUAAUCUCGAGGGUUGUGUUAAUACACUCAGGGGUGAAUGUAUAGAAUUUCAUGGUACACAUGGAAGAGAUGGAGAUAAUUAUACAGCACAGAGUCGAUAUCCAUGCUUCUAUAAUAAGAAUGAUUCAUAUUUUGUCGUAGCAAGAUUUGAUUUAAAUAAAACACGUACUGAAUUAUUAAUAGCAACAAUAGUACCAAGUUGUUUAUUUUUUAUAAGUUUGGUUAGUUUAAUAAUAAUAACACGUUCAGUACAAGUUGGUGAUGAUACUAAAAUGCGAUGUCGUUAUUGUGCUGAUGGUGAUACACAAGAAAGUGAAGAUGAAGGUUUAGUGCAACGUAAUUCAUCAUCAGCAUCACCAGGUGGUGUAACUAAUCAAAAUGAAAUUAGAAGCUUGGCACUUUAGCCAUUUAAACCGAGCAUCAAUGAUAAAAUUGGCUAUGAAAAAGUGCCAUUAAUUGAUACUGAUGAUGCUGAAGAUUCAUUUUAAAUUAUUCAUAUAUUUUCUAUGAAUUCAAAUCAACUUUAUUCAUUAUUAUUGUAUUUUAAUAAUAAGUACAUAAAUAUCUGUUGAUUAUCUAAUCAUCUAAUCUCAGAAAAAUCAUGAGAUUAUAUAAAUUAAAUACUAUCAAAGUUUAUGCUCGGUACAACAAAGCUUUAAAAUAUAAAAAGAAAAGAAUGGUUUUUUUUUUUUUUUUUGCAUCUUUGCUAUGAAUAAUAAAAAAACAAACUAAAAAAAUUAAAAUAAUAAUAUUAUUGUUUGACAUACUUAUUGCCGGAAUCGAUUGGCUCAUUGUUCAGACUCUAACUAUUUAAUGAAAUACUAGAAAAAUUUGUUUUAUAUAUAGAAAAUAAUCAAAGUAAACAAAAUAUUUUACAAAAAACUUUUUUUCUUUUUUUUAAUUUAAUUAUUGUCUUCCAAAUUUAUUGGAACGAUAAAAUAAAUUAAAAAAGUAUUUUUAAUCAUUCAUUUGUUCAUGUGUCAAAAGAAUGCAAGAUAAAAAAAUAGUAUUAUUUAUUUUUUGUCAUUUUAAUUUAUUAGCGUACUCUAAGUAAUUGUAGCAUGGUAAAAACAACAUAAAAAUAAUAAUUAAUUCGUCUCAUUUGCAUUAAUGUACGACUUGCAAAAUGAAAAAAAAUAUUUAUUGUCUAAUAAUAAUAAUUAAACAAGUGUAUAUGGCUAAUAUUCAUGUAAUUAUAAUUCGUCUAUCUUUUAUUGAAAAUAUUUUAAACUGUACCAUAAUUUGAAUCGUGUAUCUGAUUUUAUAAAGCAUUAUUUGCAAUUAAAAAAAAAAAAUCAGAACACGUUGCAAUCACAGAGUGAAUUGAUGCUAGAUUUAAUUAUAAAAAUAAUAAUUGUAUAGAUAAAAUAAUAUUAAAAUUUAAUGAUACAUGCAACUAUAUAUUAAUUAUUUAAAAUAUAAAUUUUAGAUUAACACUGAGAUAAAAUAAAAAAAAAAUUAAAGAAAAUACUGAUACACAUCGAAUUUAUAAUUAUAUAUCUUGAAAUUAAUUUUAUGAUACUCAUCUAAGCGUAUAACUAUAUGAUUAUUAAUUAUUAUAAAAUAAUUAAGUCGUAAAAAUUCAAAGCGCAUUGUCUGAUAUUCAUGUAUAAUAUUUAAAAUAUUAUUUAGAAAGGCCUAUUUAAUAGGAAUACUAUAAUAAUAAACUCAACUAAUUGCACCAAUUUUUUUUUCGUUAGAAAAUAAUUAAAUUUCAACGAUUUUUAUAUGCACCAUGUUCUUUGUGCCUUCUUCCAUUAUUUUAUAUUAUUUAUUCAUUUUUUUUUUAAAUAAAAUAUUCAUUAUUUAUUUUUAUGUGAAAAAUAUUUUUAAAAAUAACUCGUGGCAUAAAUUUUAAACUGAUAAAUCAAUGUGUUAUUUGAAAAGUAAUUUAAAAAAGUUUACAAAAAAAUUAAACAAAUUAAGAACUGACAUUUUACCAUGUGACAAAAAAAAAUACGUCCAUGAAACCGUUCAAUUUUUAAUAUCACUAAUAGAAUUAAAAAACAAAAUACUAUUUUGAUGAUAAAAAAAAUAAGACUUUCAACAAUGCCAUAUAUACAAUAUUGUACUAAAAAUUAUAAACGGAGUAUAAACAAAUAAUUUAUUCAAAUUAAUGUAAUAUAAAAAAAAGCAAAAUUCAAAAAAUAUAAAUGUGUAUUUUAGCAGCUUUAUAGAUUUAAAAUUAUAAAUGUAUUUGAAAAAUGUAAAUUGCUUGCUUAUUUAAUUAUUUGUAUAAUCAAAAAGUAAAUCUACAUAUAAAAAAAUAAACAAUAUAAUUUGUCUCAAAA